AUCCAUCAUCAAAAUUCAAAACCAAACCAUACAAAACAAGCAAGUUUUUAUUCUUUAAUCUCUUCAUCAAAUACACACCAAAUCACUUCCCAAUUAAACUCCUCAAACUCUAUUCUACCACAAAUUUUAGCACUCCCAAAUCCCAUUAUCUUUCAUUCCAUAUUGUCACUCACCACUAUAUACAUACACUAAUACCAUAUUCUUCUCUCACAAUAACAUACACACAUCGAUCAUUCAAAUUUUUAAUUCGCAACACAAAGCUAAAAAAUGUCUCCUCCAAACCCAACCCUUAACUCAACCAAAAACAACUCCAACAACAUCACCACCACCACCAAACACGUUAAUCCUAUUUCCAAUUCAUCUUUCAUCUUCACCUUAUCUGAGUCAACCUUAAAAGUCAAUGAUCAUGUCAUUCUCUCUGAUGUGCCCAAAAACAUCACUAUCACCACUUCUCCGUCCACCACCACCGCUACCAAUGGUUGCUUCCUAGGCUUCAAAGCCACCGAGCCAAAAAGCCGCCACGUGGCACCCAUUGGAGAACUCAAAAACAUUAACUUCACAAGCAUAUUUCGUUUCAAAGUAUGGUGGACCACUCUUUGGACCGGUUCCAAUGGUAAAGACCUUGAAACUGAAACUCAAUUUCUCAUGCUACAAAACUCGGAUCCAAAUCCGGGUUCGAAUCAAACCUUCGGGCGACCUUACGUUCUAUUUCUCCCAAUAAUAGAAGGUCAAUUCCGCGCUUCUUUACAAUCUGGUGAAAACGACAACAUUUCAGUGUGCGUUGAGAGUAGUUCAACUUCGGUAACUAAAUCUCAAUACAACUCUGUCGUUUAUAUUCACGCGGGUAGCGAUCCAUUUAAGCUAGUAAAAGAAGCUAUGAAAACCGUGAGGGCCCACUUGGGAACUUUCAAGCUUCUAGAAGAAAAAACGGUUCCUGGAAUUGCGGAGAAAUUCGGAUGGUGUACAUGGGAUGCAUUUUAUCUUAAGGUACACCCUCAAGGAAUUUGGGAAGGUGUACAAAAUUUAACCAAUGGUGGCUGUCCACCUGGAUUUGUUUUAAUUGAUGAUGGUUGGCAAUCUAUAGCACAUGAUGAUGAUCCUGUUAAUACUAAUGAUGGGAUUAAUCGAACGGAUGCAGGAGAACAAAUGCCAUGUAGGUUAAUUAAAUUUGAAGAAAAUUAUAAGUUUAAGGAUUAUAAAAAAGGAUUAGGAUUAGGUGGAUUUGUCAAGGAACUAAAAAAAGGUUUUGAAAGUAUUGAGUAUGUGUAUGUGUGGCAUGCUUUGUGUGGUUAUUGGGGUGGGAUAAGACCCGGUGUCGAGGGUAUACCGGAAGCUAUAGUGGAAAAGCCUAAAUUGACAGUUGGAUUGGAAACUACUAUGGAAGAUUUGGCUGUUGAUAAAAUUGUUAAUAAUGGUGUUGGAUUAGUUCCUCCACAUUUGGUUGAUCAAAUGUAUGAAGGUAUUCAUUCUCACUUGGAAAAUUCAGGAAUUGAUGGGGUCAAAGUUGAUGUCAUUCAUUUGCUAGAGAUGGUGUGUGAGAAGUAUGGAGGCAGAGUUGAUUUGGCAAAAGCAUAUUACAAAGCUCUCACAACUUCAGUGAAAAAACAUUUCAAUGGCAAUGGUGUCAUUGCUAGCAUGGAACAUUGCAAUGAUUUCAUGUUGCUUGGAACUGAAGCCAUAUCCCUUGGUCGUGUCGGUGAUGAUUUUUGGUGCACUGACCCAUAUGGUGAUCCAAAUGGUACUUAUUGGUUACAAGGAUGUCACAUGGUACAUUGUGCAUACAAUAGCUUAUGGAUGGGAAAUUUCAUUCAACCAGAUUGGGAUAUGUUUCAAUCUACACAUCCUUGUGCUGCUUUUCAUGCAGCUUCUAGAGCCAUAUCUGGUGGUCCUAUUUAUAUAAGUGACACUGUUGGAAAUCACAAUUUUGACCUUCUCAAAAAAUUAGCUUUGCCUGAUGGUACUAUCCUUAGAUGUCAACACUAUGCUCUCCCAACUAAAGACUGUCUCUUUGCUGACCCUUUACAUGAUGGCAAAACAAUGCUCAAGAUAUGGAACCUCAACAAGUACACCGGAGUUCUUGGUGUGUUUAACUGUCAAGGAGGAGGAUGGUUUCGCGAGAUAAGAUCAAACAAAUGUGCUUCUGAAUUUUCUCAUUUGGUAUCAACAAAGAUUAACAUCAAAGACAUUGAAUGGAACAGUGGAAAAAAUCCAAUUUCCAUUGAAAGUGUAAAACUUUUUGCUUUAUAUUUCAGCCAAGAAAAGAAGCUCAAACUUUUCUCUCCAACUGACACUGAAGAAAUCUCUUUGGAACCAUUCAAUUUUGAGCUUAUAACUGUUUCACCUGUCACUUUAUUUCCUAAAAAGUCCUUCAAGUUUGCACCUAUUGGUUUGGUUAAUAUGCUAAACAAUGGAGGGGCAAUUCAGUCAUUUGAAUAUGAUGAGGCUCAAGAUUUGGUUCAAGUCGGAGUUAGAGGUGUUGGUGAGAUGAGAGUGUUUGCUUCAAAGAAACCAAAGAGUUGUAGAAUUGAUGGUGAAGAAGUUGAUUUUGAAUAUGAAGAUUUCAUGGUUGUGAUUCAAGUUCCAUGGCCUAAUUCUUCAAAAUUUUCUUCUAUUCAGUAUAUAUUCUAAGCAUAGAUGAGAUUAUUCAUACUUUUAAACUUAUGAUUUUCUUUUGUUUGUUUAAUUUGAUGUUUUUUUUAUAUUGACCAUGUUUAAGUUAUAAUUUAUAAGGGCUUUUUAUUUAUCCCUCAGUUGGAUUUUUUAUAACUUUGCUUUUUAGGUAUCCUUUAUAAGCAAGUUUCUCCUUAAUCAUAUUAUCCUUUCCCCUUCAACAGUCACGAAUUUCAUGUGUUUUUUUUUUUUGCAUUAUUAAUUUAAGUUAGAUGACUCAAUAGUUAAUAUAGUUAUGUUUCAAUAUAAUUGAUAUAAAUUGCAAUAAAUAAAAAAAGAAUUGAUAUAAUUGGUUUCAUC